UAUAAAUGUAGGAGAGAGAAAGAGACACUGGGGGUAUGGGCUCGGGAGUGGGCCUUAAAUACAGCCGUCCAAGCAGAAUCUCCGAUUUAAGCCGCUUCAGUCAGAGACAGAGAGUUGUGAGCGAAAGAAAACUUAGGAGAGAGAGAGAGAAAGAGAAAGAGGAAGAGGAAGAGAUGGGAGUGACCAAGGAGCAAGUGAAGUCUUCACUGACGUCAAAACUGAACCCUGCACAUCUCGAAGUAAUUGAUACAUCUGGAGGAUGUGGUGCUAGCUUUGCUAUUGAGAUAGUAUCAGAGCAGUUUGAAGGAAAGAGGUUGCUGGAGAGGCAUCGGCUGGUAAAUUCAUCGUUAGAAGAGGAGAUGAAGGAGAUUCAUGCGCUCUCGAUAAAGAAAGCUCUGACACCAGAGCAGUGGAAACAACAGCAGGAGUCUCAAGUAUCUAAACCCGCCGCGUGAACAAUAUUUCAAAAGGUUUCAAUUUUAUAUUGUAGCUGGUAAGAAUAUAUUUCGAGUGUGCUGGAAAAUUAGAUGAAAUUUUCUUAUUUACCGUCCCAAAUUCUAUGCAGUGUGAGAAUAAGUUGGUAAUUAUUCUACCAGUUUGUAUGCUAUUGUGGAUGCUUUGUCAUGUACUUUAUCUUUUUUGGUUUGCUUUUUUUUCUUGUUA